AUGAAGUGGCUUUACCAGAAGAGCAAGUCUGGAAUAUCAGACGAAGAUGGGAAUGACGACACGAUAGCUGUUGAUUUCGGCGAGGACCGUUGGAUAGUGGACCUUGACCUCAAAAACAUCAUCACCAAGAUCUCCGAGAAGAGGACGUGGAACAGCGAUGAAGAAAAGAGUAAGAAACCCGACGAGAGUUACCAUAUCAACUUUGCGGUGCUUCAACGGAUCUACAUAAAACAGCUCAAAUCACAAGUUGCUCGACAAGCAGUCAAAUUACGGUUUGAGCCUGAAGAACCGAAGGGUUGGCAAAGUACACUGCAGGAAUACAUCCAAGCGCUCCAAAACUACGAGUAUAUGGAGAAACGCAGUACGCAAUCAGACGACCCCUUCUACAUGAGCGGAGAGAAUUAUCUGGAGCGCCAUGCUCUUAAAGAGAUCAUCGGAAGGUACAAGAAGAGAUUCGAGGGCAAACCAGUCUUCAACACCACAGGAAACUGGCAGAAAAGGCCAGAAGAUUCAUGCCUUGUCCGAGACACGAGAAAAGACAAUUACCUACGAAACUGGAACAAGGGAUUCUACCAAAGGCUCGGCGUUGCUGCUGUUGGUGGUAUUUUUCUCAUGGUACCUAUGUGGCUCAUGGUAUUGCAUAAUACUCUCUGGACGGGUUUGGUUUCCACGACCUUGUUUGUGACUGUCUUUGGAUUGAUGGCGGCUGCUUUUCUUGAGAGUUCUAUGGAUGUCAUGUCGAGUACUGCGGCGUAUGCUGCAGUGCUUGUGGUUUUUGUUGGACUGAACAUCUAA